AUGAAUGACCUCGAUCGAAAUCUACUCCUCGAUGUCCAAACCCUGAUACUGGAUGGACUCUCUGUUCCCUCGGAUUUGGUGAGCGAAAUCAUUUUGAACGACUCAUACAAUGUUCGGCUUCUAUCUAUCCGCGAAGUGCCAACGCUCAACGAAGCAAAAUUGAUGGGUGCUCUAAAAUAUGCAUGUCGCUCUUCAAGGCCGCAGAAUACGCCUCGGCUUCAAGGGCUAUAUAUCUUUGGCUCCAAGGAUGUUCCACAAGUUGUAAAAUCUCGAAGGCAUGUGAACAAGUAUCCUGCUGGCAUUGCACCUAUAGAUACAAUACCCAACUACGGAAUGAUGUCCUCAGGAACGCAGCUUGGGGCAUACUGGAAUCGGAGAUCCGAAAAUGCUAUAGGGGAGACUACACUACGUGAGGGUGAAAAUUGGCGUCCGGGCAGUAGGAUUGAGUUUUCAAAGGUCGUCCACAACGAUUGGGCAGAUAUCAUGAUCUACUGUGAAGGGAUUAUCAGUUUUGAUGCUCUUCCUUGCAAGGGACCUCGUCAUUUCGCAAGUUUACCACGUGACAGUCCUGGCCCUUGGUACAACCUCUUUGGAGUAUCGCCUAUGGUCCUUUUCCCACUCUUAUCCCCCGUCCCUCUUCAUGCCUCCACUAUCAAGGCUGCAAAAACACCAUUCGAAGGGUCUACAUGUCAAAAAAAGCUGAUUAUUCGCUGCAUGGAUUGUCUAAAAAACAGAUAUUGCGAAACCUGUCACAAGUGGUGGUGCGAGGAUUGUUACGAAGGACCUGGUAGUACCAAUAGCUCUCCAGUGACGGAGGAUGAGCCGGGAAUCAUCAAGUUCGGCGUCUCAAAAAGCUGCUUCUUCUGCGGACUUAAUGGUGCUCCCACAGUGGUAGACGAACGAGAGAAUUAUAUUAAUUCAUUCUCGCUUGUCACACAAUUCAAUACAAAUACGGGUAUGAUUUCCCCUGACUAUGUGGGAUUACCAAUGAUCAUUGACCGUCGAUUGCCCAUCCCUACUCUCCAUGACGAUUAA